CAACACAAGAAUCCCUCGAUACAUCUACGACCAAGAUUAAAACCCUCGAUCCAACGGCUGUCAUCGAAUUAGGGUUCAUGGAGUUUCCGGCAGCUACGGCGGCGGCAAUUAUUUUACUUCUUAUGGCCGGAGGAGCGGCGCCUCAAUCGGUGAGUCAAUGCGCCAACGUGCUAAUCACGAUGUCGUCGUGUCUCAAUUACGUCGGCGGGAGCGCCGACGCGCCUCCCGCGUCGUGUUGCUCGGCGCUAGCCAACGUCGUGAAUACGCAGCCGCGGUGCCUUUGCUUGAUAGUGAACGGCGACGGCGGAUCGUUGGGCGUCACGAUCAACCGAACCCGCGCGCUCGAUAUGCCUAAAGCGUGUAAUGUUGAGACACCGCCGACCAGUAGAUGCAACGAGGGAGGUGGACCGGCAAUGGCGCCGGCGGGGUCGCCGGAAGGGUCGCCGGAGAAAGGAGGAUCUAAAACAACAUCAAAUGGAAGCACAAGAAGAGUGAUCAAUUAUGGUGUGUUUGCUGCCAACAUCCUUAUUAUUGUCUUCUUCCUUACAACCAAAAUCACACCACCAGCCAUGCCCUGAAUUUAUACAUCUAUAGACAAAUACAUACAUACAUAUAUAUAUAUAUUAUAUCUAUAUUACAUCUUCAACAAUUUCAGACAGACACUUCCUGUAUUGUAACCAUUGUGUGUUGUUUCUAUU